AAUUCUUUGCAAACCGACUUGAUUCUUAUGCAGAACUUAUGGAUUGCGGCUGGCCGUUCAAAGCUGCCAGAGUACAAAUGUCGGAUUGUGUGAGGAGGAAUCCGAAGAUUUUUAUUCCGUGACAAACGUUAUGCAGGUUUUGUCAUGUCAUACCUUUCGAUACCCUCCUUGAACUCGGGUAGGGGCAUAAGUAUAAAUACGCAAUCCCCACCGACUUUGGGUAUCCCCAUACAUAAGCUCACAGUAGAAUAUAGAAACAAAGCAAAAGCAUGCAGCUUACAUCCGCCCUCAUAGUUUUAUCCACUCUCGCAUCAGCGCACGGAUUUCGCCUCGUCGAUAACUGGUCCGGUCCUUCCUUUUUUGAUCAGUUUUCUUUUUUCACUGGCAAUGAUCCGACGCAUGGUUAUGUUGACUAUGUUGAUCGCGGGACGGCUCAGGCACAGGGGUUGAUUGGAACGAGUGGACAGACGGUUUUUCUUCGUCCUGAUAGUACGAACCGUGCGGUGGGUCGUGGGAGGAAGAGUGUGAGGUUGACGAGUAACAAGUCGUACAAUCAAGGAUCCCUCAUCAUUGCUGAUAUUGGGCACAUGCCGGUGGGCUGUGGGACAUGGCCGGCCUUUUGGACGGUAGGUCCCAACUGGCCUUCGUCAGGAGAAAUCGACAUUCUCGAAGGUGUCAACAACCAAAACAAGAAUCAAGUUACCUUGCACACUACGGCGGGAUGCACGAUGGCUGGUGUUGGCAGGGACCAAUGGGCGAUUGCAGAUGCACUCAACUGUGAUGUGAACGCACCAAACCAAUUUCCCAACCAAGGCUGCUCCAAUGUUGAUCAGAAUACCAAUUCCUACGGGCAAGGAUUCAACAAUAUUGGCGGUGGUGUGUAUGCAACUCUAUGGGACGCUAGUGGUAUCAAGGUGUUUUUCUGGUGGCAUGACAUUGUGCCCCAGGACGUUCGCAACGGGAAUCCCAAUCCUGCUGCCUGGGGAAAGCCCACUGCAGUCUUUCCCUUUGGAUCCAAUUGCCCUGCGAGUCAUUUUCAAAAUCAGCAGAUUGUCAUUAAUCUGACCUUUUGCGGGGACUGGGCUGGCUCGGUCUUUUCGCAAACCUGCCCGGGCGACUGUAUCGCUUUUGUACGCGACAAUCCGCAAGCCUUCCGUGAUGCAUACUGGGCCAUCAACUCUGUCAAGGUCUAUCAACAGUAAAAAGAGAUUCAAAAAUGACCUCCACGCGCUCCCCUUCCGUUCCGCAACCUCCGAGAUCCACGUUCAUUAAACAAUCCCUCCGAGAUGGGCGGAUGCGAUGCAAGCGUCAUUUUACCAGCAGUCAAACAACAAUAAUUUCACAUGUCUGUCUGUGUGUGUGCUUGUGCUUGUAUGUGUGUGCUUGUAUGCUUGCAUGUGUGUGUAUGUGAUAUUUGGUAGUUCCCCCUCUAUGAAAAUAAUAAAAAACAAAAAAGUGAAGGCUGCGCGAAUCGAACCCUCCGCCCCA